AUGACCGUUGAUAUACCUGGUAUAGUGCUUCCAAAGCAUUCUCCUGAAUUUGAUCCUUCAACAUUAUCCAAUUACACUAAGUUCGAUAUUGUUAACACCGACUUAUACUUUGAUAUAAACUUUGACCAAAAAAUCUUAGUAUCCAAUACUGUGUUGGAAUUGAAAACCUUAGAUGAUAUUGAAGAAGUUGUUUUAGAUGUAUCAUUCAUUAAAGUCAAUAAAGUCAAAGUCAAUGGGCAAACUAUUGAUUUUGUCGUAGGAGAUAGAGUUGAACCCUUAGGUUCAGCUUUAACCAUUCCUUUUAAAGCGGGCAAAGGUGAAGAUUUGAAAGUCGAUAUUGAUUUUGAAACUACACAACAAUGUACAGCAUUACAAUUUUUAGAAAAAGAAGCCACUGAUGGUAAGAAGUACCCAUAUUUAUUCAGUCAAAGUGAAGCUAUUCAUGCUAGAAGUUUAUUCCCAUGUUUUGAUACUCCAGGUAUAAAAGGAACUUAUAAUAUAACCGUUAAAUCUCCAUUGAAUGUGAUAAUUUCCGGAAGACCUGUUAGUCAGAAAGGUGACAUUUAUAAAUUCAUUCAACCUAUACCAAUCCCUUCAUAUUUGGUAGCUAUAGCUUCUGGUGAUAUUGAAUAUUCUACUGUAGGUCCAAGAUCAAAAGUUUAUACCGAACCCAUUAAUUUGAAACGUUGUCAUAAUGAAUUGACUGAUGAUAUUGAAAAAUUUAUUGAAGCAGCAGAAAAAAUUGUUUUCAAUUAUGAAUGGAUGGAUUAUAAUGUUUUGAUUUUACCUUCAUCAUUCCCAUACGGUGGUAUGGAAGUCCCCAAUGUCACCUUUGCUACUCCAACUAUAAUCACCGGUGAUAAAUCAAAUAUUGAUGUCAUUGCCCAUGAAUUGGCUCAUAGUUGGGCAGGUAAUUUAGUCACCAAUUGUUCAUGGGAACAUUUCUGGCUUAAUGAAGGUUGGUGUGUCUAUUUGGAAAGAAGAAUCAUAGAAAGUGUUCAUGAUAAAGCUACUAGAGAUUUCCAUUGUAUCAUUGGGUGGUACGAUUUAUCAUCAUCUAUUAAAUCAAUGGAUUGGAAAUAUACCUCUCUUGUCCAUGACUUAAAAGACGGUUCUGACCCUGAUGAUGCUUUUAGUGUUGUUCCUUAUGAAAAGGGUUCAACCUUAUUGUAUCACCUCGAAACCAUAUUGACUAAAGAAGUUUUCGAUCCUUUUAUUGUUCAUUAUUUUGAUAAAUUCAAAUACAAAUCCUUGGAUAGUUAUCAAUUUUUAACUACCUUGUAUGAUUUCUUCCCUGAUCAUAGAUCAGUUUUAGAUACUGUCAAUUGGAAACAAUGGUUAUUUGAACCAGGAAUGCCACCAAUCAAACCAAACUUCGAUACUUCUUUAGUUGAUUCAGUUUACAAAUUAAGUGACCAAUGGUUCAACUCCAUUAAGAAUAAUGGCGAUUUGAGUAAAUUCUCCGUUAAAGAUAUCUCCAGCUUUUCUUCAAAUCAAUCAACAGUAUUCUUAGAAUCUUUGAUAGAAUUCGAUAAACAUGAAGGGUUUAAAUGGUCAGAGAAUCUUAAAGCUUUAGAAAAAAUUGACCAAGCUUACGGUGUUCAAUAUGCUAAUGAUACUAAUGCAGAAAUAUUAUCCAGAUAUUAUUUCCUCCAAGUCGGAGGAGGUAAUUUGAAAUACUUUGACGUUUUAGGUCAAUGGUUAGGCACAGUUGGAAGAAUGAAGUUUGUCAGACCAGGUUUCGUCACUUUGAAUGAUAUUGAUCAUGACAAAGCCGUUGAAUACUUCAAUAAAUUCAAAUCAAACUACCAUCCGAUCUGCCAACAAAUGGUUAAGAAAGAUUUAGGAUUAUAA